GGUCUUUACCAUUUUUCCUGCAGCUUUGACCUUUUAACAAAUACCAUGGCACCUGGACACACAUCCUCUAACGAAGACAAACGAUGGCUCAUUGUGGGAGCUUACCAUACUGGCGUACCUGAAAAAACUGUCGCACGCAUAUCAGGCCUUUCCACAACAGCUGUACGACAGAUAUAUUUGAACCACCAGCAGACCGGUUCACCUUCUUUACCCAAGCAACUAUCACGAAAAGUUAGGGAGAGACCCAUUGUGGAGUACGAUGAAGAUGGCAAUUUAAUUGAUGACAACGAAGACAGUGCUCCUGAAGACCAAGAAGAAGAGGCGACGAAACGGAGACGGGUUACGCCCAAGCAAAGUAUCAAAAUAACUCGGCAACCCACGACAAAGGACGUGAUUGCCUAUGUCGUUCAACAAGUUCAUCAGACGACCAUUGCAGACCAGUGGGAAACAAAGAGCUCGUCGACGGCGUCACCUUCAUUCGAGUCACCUCCUUCGCUGGCGUCCUCUCCCGCCUCGUCAUCAUCAUCAACAGCAGCAGCAUAUUGGCGUCCACUUACGCCUCCACGAGAAGGACCACAUCACAGCACCAAGAAAUCGUCCUUAAGUCCCCCUCUGCAAUUCCCUCCGUCACCUCCGCAUCAGCAUCAGCAACGGCAACAGCAGAACCAGAGUAAUGAUACCCCGCAACAGCAGCAUAGCAACCACCAUCUUCACCACCAUCGUCAUCAUCAUCAACAUACGCCCCAUUUACCGCCGGUCGGCAAGUUCGAUCAGACCAUCCGAGGCUGCGAAAUAUGGACCCGUGAUGAUGAUCGCAUAUUGAUCGAGCAUAUGCUGGACCCUGCUCACGGAGAACGUUGGCGUGAAUUGGAAGCCAAGCUGAAAGGCAGACACACUGCCAAGCUUUGUAGCCAUCGAUGGGAGUACUUACAGACCUAUUUUCUGAAGGCGUUGGAGGGUACCACUCCUUCUUCUUCCUCUUCUUCUUCUUCUUCUUCUUCAAACAGUACUUCUUCUACGACUCACUGAUUACCUUUUUCCCGCCGGAACCCCUCCAACAGCCCCUUUUUAUCUGAUUUUCCUACUCCACUCAAUCGCCCCUCACAUCAUUCCAAGUAGCUCACAUAGCGUCCUCCUCAACCUGCCGUUUCCUCUUAUCUUUCUUUCUGUGAAUAUGAAUUCUUUCAUUGAAUAACAGACAAAUACUCUUCUAUUGCGAUUAAUGUGAGAUAUGUAUUUGUAGUUGAAUUGUGUGUGUAUGUUUUUUAGUAGUCGUUGUUUAAUGAGGUCUCAAGAUUUACAAUAGGGGCAGAUGUUUGAUGGAAUUAGAUGGGUGUAUGUGUGUGUUUGUAUUAGAAGAGAUAUACUAAGUUAGUUACUGAGAGAAUCUUUGACGUGCCAGGCAGGUUUCUAUGAGAUGUUUGAGAACCAUCAGUAUUGGUAUUCCAUGUUAAACGUAAAAGGCCGUUACGUGCGAUAUUGCUUACCGUCUCAGUUCCCCGUUUUUCCU